GCGCUUCACGGGCCCCGGGGACUGUGCUGACGCGUGAUUGUUCCUCCUUUGGCUGUUCCUGCGCCAUGCCGACGUGUGCAUACACUCCUUAUCGUAAACAUGGCGCACGGCGUUGGUGAAGAUGCAAUUGACCCCUUCAGGGACCCGUCGAUGGCAGGCAACACGCCAAAUACUCCUCGCGCCGACGUGCCCGCCACGCUCGCUGUGGGCAGGAAUGCCUCGCUGACCUUGGGGACGGAUGCCUUGAUCGUUCUCGAUGAGCUCCUGGAAAGCAAAGGCGCGGGCUGCUGCGGCAUGUCCCUGGGAGGAGGCAACAACAAGACGACGCGCUCGAUCCCCUUCUACAACGUCCUCUGGGCCGAAACCGCAGACGACGGCGAGGUCAUCAUCCACUACGCGCACGCCGUGUCCAAGCAGGUCGUCCGGCGGCAGAUCAUCAGCUACAAGCUCGAGAAGCCAGACAGCGACCUGGCGGCGGCAUGGGUGGAGCGGUUGCUGGAGAAGGCAUACGGUGCAUCGCAGCGUCAGAAGCGCAUCAAGGUGCUGAUCAAUCCUUUCGGCGGCCAGGGCAAGGCCACGCAGAUGUACCACAAGCAUAUCGCGCCCAUACUGGCAGCCGCGCGUUGUGAGCUCGACGUGGAAUCGACCACGCACAACGGCCACGGUGUUGAGAUAGCGCAGAACCUGGACAUAGAGAAGUUUGACGUGGUGGCUUGCUGCUCCGGCGACGGCAUCCCGCACGAGGUCUGGAAUGGAUUUGGGAAGAGGGAGGACGCGCAGCGAGCUCUAGUCAAGAUUGCUGUCGCCCAACUUCCCUGCGGCUCCGGGAACGCCCUGUGUUUGAACCAUACCGGUACUGACAGCCCGAGUCUUGCCGCUCUGGCCGUCGUGAAGGGUCUCCGUACGCCGCUGGGCCUCGCUUCUGUGACUCAGGGUGACCGCCGUCUUCUCUCCUUCCUCUCUCAGUCCGCUGGUAUCGUCGCUGAAACCGAUCUUGCAACCGAGCACCUGCGCUGGAUGGGUAGCGCCCGCUUCACGUACGGCUUUCUUGUACGUCUGUUAAAGAAAACCGUCUACCCUGCGGACAUAGCUAUCAAGGUCGAACAUGGCAACAAAGAGGCUGUCCGGGCAGCCUAUCGCGCAGAGGCAGCAAAACCCCCACGUACUCAGGAUGAGCGCACGCUACCAGCCCCGGGCGAACCAUGUGCCAUUCCGCCGCUCAAGUACGGGACUAUCAAUGAUCCAUUGCCAGACGGUUGGGAGCUGGUUCCGCACGACCAACUCGGCAACUUCUAUGCAGGCAACCUUGCCUAUAUGUCGUCAGAUGCCAACUUCUUUCCCGCCGCUCUACCUGACGACGGCUGUCUCGACUUGGUUCGCAUCAAGGGCACAUUGCCACGCACAAAAUCGAUUGCCACUCUACUCGCCAUAGAGCAGCACAAGUUCUUUGAUCUGCCGCAUGUCGAUUAUCAGAAGAUUAGCGCGUAUAGAAUUAUACCCAAGAACCAAAAGGAAGGCUAUAUCAGUGUUGAUGGGGAGAGAAUUCCGUUCGAGCCGUUCCAGGUUGAGAUUCACAAGGGGAUGGGGACGGUGUUGAGUAAGAACGGGCAUCUGUUUGAGGCAAAGGGCGUGUAGGAGGCUGCGGAAGAGCAGAGAAGGAAGAGGAAGCACUGAAGAUAUACCCCAGCAUUCCAUUCAAGUGCUGAUCUGCAUAGCAUGUCGCAAUUUCCACAGUACUGCUGCUGAUCCAGAGAUGUCGCGUUGGAGAAGGCUAGGGCUUGUCUGUGGAAUUUGCGUUUGUUCAACUUUACUAUAUUUCCUCUCAAGCAGUCAUCAUUUCCUAGGAGACUCAGUCCAUCUGAAUAGCUAUUGAAACUCGAGUUUUCGUC